AUGAAAGGUGGUGAAACCAAAGCCCAAGUGAAGAGCACUGAUGAUAGAUUGAAAACCAGAGGUAAGAAAGCUGGAAAGAAAACGAAGGAUCCGAACAAGCCUAAGAGGCCUCCAAGUGCCUUCUUCGUCUUCCUGGACGGCUUCCGACGGGAGUUCAAUGAAGCUAACCCUAACAACAAAUCCGUCGGAACUGCUAAUGGAACCAAUACUAAAGAUGAUGACUCUGACAAGUCCAAGUCUGAAGUCAACGAUGAGGAAGGUGGAAGCGAGGAGGAGGAAGAUGACGAAUAG